CUUUUUUCCAAGAGGGAAAACCUCAUCAGUUAGGUUGUUCGUCUCAAUGACACAGAGCAGUGGAGGCGCCAGUGGCAACACUUCAUCAGCCAACACUACACUGAGUGAGUGAGCGAGUGAGCGAAAACCAUGCUCCAUUAUUAGUUCAUUGUCACAGGACAAUGAAGUCACUCCUAAUUGGUACACUAUGGGUGUUGGCUACUGCGACGAGUUGUGUGGCUCUGCUCGGAGUCUCCACCCUGAUGCCAACAGGUCGGAUUGCAUGUCCAAGACAUCAUUGUACCGGUAGAUUGGGACGUGGGUAUGCCGACCAUCGCGACAGUGUGAUCUUGUUCAUGGGAAAGGGAGAUGGCAAGAAACGAAAAAAGAAGAAAGCGGCUACCACUAGUGGUAGUACAUCACCACCAAGUGUCGACAGCAACAACAACACUCCCCAACCCCUCAGAGUCAGCACAGAUAUCAACAUUCCCGUCAAACAUCAAAUACGAAUGGCACAAAUCAAUAAACAAUAUGCCAAACAAAGGGCCAAUCCGAGUUUUCGCAAGAAAAAAGUGGUGCGCACCAGUUAUCGAAGAACGUGGGAUGAGGAAGAAAUUGAACAAAAGAAAGAGGAACGAAAGAAGCGUGGACAAGACAUCAAUUGGGAUGUUGUUCUCAACCAGACCAAGGCAGCUCCUCUGGUGAUAGUGGACGGGUACAACAUUAUCUACAAAUGGCCUCGCCUCAAAAAGCACAUGACAAAGGGAGAUCCACAGAGGGCGAGAGAGUUGCUGGUCGAUGAUUUGGAAAACUUGAGUUCCAUCAAGGGAUGGAGGAUCGAAGUGGUAUUCGAUGGAACUCGAAAGUCCAAUAUAGGACCCUUGGGCCAUGGCGCAACGGGAAGCAAAACCAAAGUCACACAAAUGGAUCUCGCCACCAACAAGGAAGUUUCCAAACACGGUGUGCGAGUGGUCUUUACGGGUCGAGGCAUUGAAGCGGAUUCGUACAUUGAAAGUCGUUGUGCCAAAGCCAAGGAGGUUACCGAUGGACACAUUUCGGGAUCCUUUAUUGUGGCCACGGACGAUGCCAUGAUCCGACUGGCCGGACAAAAUGCCGGGGCCAUGUGCAUGGGAGCCGGUCGCUUUGUGGACGAACUCAAAGCCUUACGAAAAGCAAUCAACUACCGUGUCGAAGCGGCCGUCGCCAAGGUCAAUGGACAGACCAUGCGUCCCGAGUCUCUCCAGGGUACCUACUUUCAUAACUUUGGACGAGGGUCAGUACUCGUGGAAGACAAACGACAACAAAAACUAGAACGAAAGCUACGUAAACAGCAGGAACAACAACAACAACAAGAGGAAGUAGACACUGUGGAAACUGAAGUUGAAUUGGAUGAGAAUGGGAUUGAGCGCAAGUUCCAAACCAAUUUUGCUCAGGUUCCAAACCAAACCAAAACCUGGACAUGAGCUGAAGCAUCGCUGCAGUAUCUAUCUUCAGUAGAAGAAGUGGUGGAGGGAUUCCCCGACACUAAAAGGACUUCUUGCCGUUACACCCAUUUGAGAACAUCCUCAAAGCAUGUAUCAACGGACGCAGCACCGGACCAAAUGCGGCGGGGACGGGUUCUGAAACCACAAUCGCCUCCUUCAAACUCACGAUGAAUCAAGAGCAUGCAAGUCAUUGCUUGAAGCAUUUGGGCUUCCCAAUGCUUCGGCCAAAGCAGGCUCAGACGACUCGCUCUGUUGUUAACAAGGCAAGACCCAAGCCGAACGGUUCAGUUUCAUCAGCGGCUCUGACGCAUUGCCAUCCACAGCUCUUGUCAUCCCUAGCUAUAGCAUUACUAAAAUACUACUAGCUAGUACCUACUGUUGGUUGU